AACUCUCUGAACAACAACAUCGAAGGAGGAGGAGGAAGAGGAGGAGGAGGAGGACAGGGAACCGAACCCCUGACCCACGGCACAACCACUCCGCCACUGCCACUCAAGGUCGAGGACGAGCUUGACCUCCUCGACCCCGGCAUGGAGGUUGACCCGGCCUCCUGGAGUGACUACCUCAACAAUCUCUUUGACCCCGUGUUCGACCCCAGCGUGCCCUCCAACGUGUCGGUGGUCGAGCGGCAGACGGCCCACCUCGUCUGCCGCGUCAACAACCUGGGCACGAAGACGGUGUCUUGGAUUCGCCACAGAGACACGCAUAUCCUGACGGUGGGGUCCUUCACCUACACGAGCGACGAGAGGUUCUCCGCGCUACACCGGGAGGGCACGAACGAGUGGACUCUACAGAUUAGACACCCGGCCGUGAGGGACUCCGGCUUAUACGAGUGUCAGGUCUCCACGAAGCCAACAAGAGGGUACCUUAUAAGCCUGGCCGUAGUGGUCCCCAGGUUGUGCAUCCUCCACGCCCCGGAGAUCCACACAGACGAAGGCAGCGCUCUCAACCUCACCUGCGUGGUCUCCCCCAGCCCAAACGCCCCCGAGUACAUCUUCUGGUACCACAGGGGAGAGGUAAUCAACUAUGAGAGUGAGGGAAGCGUGCGGGUCAGCGUGAGGCAGGAGGGUGACAGGUCCAUCUCCACUCUCCUGGUCACACGGGCAACGAUGGACCACUCCGGGGCAUACGAGUGCGCGCCAUCGAACACUCUGCCCGCUAACAUCACCGUGCAUGUGUUUAAAGCCGAGGAGCCCGCAGCGAUGCAUACCAGUCGGGGCUCCAUGGGUCUUCCUGCUGGCUCCCUACUGCCCCUCGCCCUCCUGCUGUCCUCCCUGCUGCUACGAGGGGAGUGGGUCACCUAGACACGCCCAGCAGCCCAAGGUUCGAGCCCCGCUGUUACCCCGUUUCUGUGAGAGGUAACGCCGCAGCUGCUGUCUCAUCACGGCUCUCAUAAUCCUGCUGGUGCUGUGCGUGUGCUGUGUGUGUGCUGUGUGUGUAUUCCCAGCGCGUGGAGGCGGCGAGGUGAAGUGAAGAUGGUGGCGAUAGUGGUGGUGGUGGUGGUUUGAUUUGCUGUGUUGUGGGGAACAGUUGUGGUGAAGGUGGUAUUGGUGAUUAUUAUACACUGGUGCCAGCGGUGGGAUAGCCUGGCGCGCCUAGACUGGUGAAGGCGGGGAUGUGAAGUGAAGUGGCGGUUUGAUUUGCUGUGUUGUGGGGAAUCGUUGUGGUGGUGAAGGUGGUGGUGGUGGUGAUUACAAUACACUGGUGGCAGCGGUGGGAUAGACCCGUGAGCCUCGACUGGUGCAGAAACUGGUGGAAGCGGUGGUGAUUGUGGUGGUGGUGGUGGUGGUUUGCUAUGCCGUGUUGUAGGUUGUGGUGGUGGUUGUAGUGAUUACAAUACACUGGUGCCAGCGGUGGGAUACACUGGUGAGCCUCGACUAGUGAAGAAACUGAUGGAAGCGGUGGUGGUGGUUUCAUAUGCUGUGUUGUAGGUUGUGGUGGUGGUGGUGGUUGUAGUGAUUGCAAUAAACUGGUGCCAGCGGUGGGAUAGACCAGUGAGCCUCGACAGGUGCAGAUAGACAGGUGGAAGCGGUAGUGAUAGACCCGUGAACCUAAAGUGGCCAUAUGACACUGGCUUGAGCGGUUAGUGGUGAGGAGGAACUGGAGGGUGAGGUUGGUGGGAGUAUAUUGGUGAAAGCGAUGGUGAUGGAACGGUGAGGCUUAAAUGGUGAGGUCAUAAAGGUGGUGCCGGUGGGACUGAGCGGUCGGGAUAGUGGUUGAGGUAAAGUGGUGGGGAUUUACUGGCGAAACAAGUCGAGGAAUAAUGGAGCGGAUAUGGAGCGGCGUUACAAGGGCGGCAGUGGUCGAGGUGGUGGAGGUGAAAGCGUUAGGGUACAGGUGUGACGCUGCAGGGAAAGAGGACACGAUGGGUAAAAAGGCUUCUAGGGAUGUGUCGCCGGUGAACAUGGAAAGGCAGAGGUGCAGCGGUAGUGGGCGAGGUGGAAUGCAAAUACAGGGUUACAAUGCCAGCAGAAAAGAUAGAGAGAGAGAAAUACACUGGUGCAAGAGGUGGAAUGACUUUGAAGGCCGAGGAGGAAUACACUGGUGCCAGGAGUGGGAUUACAUUGGUGGCAGAGAAUAAAUACACUGGUGGCAGGACUUGGAUUCCAUAGGCGGUGGAAGAAGUAAAAUGGUGCAAGCGGUGGAAUUACAUAGUUGAGAGAGGAAGCAGUACAAUGGUGGAAGAAGUGCAAUUACUUUGGUGGUAUAGGAGGAAUACACUGGUGUCAGGAGUGGGAUUACAUUGGUGGAAGAGAAGAAAUAUACUGGUGGCAGGACUUGGAUUCCAUAGGUGGUGGAGGAGGAAGCAAAAUGGUGCCAGCGGUGGAAUUACAUAGGUGGGAGAGGAGGAAGUACGCAGGUGAAAGGAGUGAAAUUACUUUGGUGGUAUAGGAGGAAUACGCUGGUGGCAGGACUUGGAUUCCAUAGGCGGUGGAGGAAGUAAAAUGGUGCAAGCGGUGGAAUUACAUUGAUGAUAGAGGAGGCAGUACAAUGGUGGAAGGAGUGCAAUUACUUUGGUGGUAUAGGAGGAAUACACUGGUGGCAGCCGUGGGAUUACAUCGGCGGCAGCGGACCGAAUAUACGGGUGAUCGCGCUGGGAUACUUAUGCGGGGUUACAGUGGAGGCGGCGGCGGCGGCGGCGGUGCUGGUGGAGACGGUGGAGGAGGUGGUAGCGGCCGUGGUGGUGGUGGGAUACGCGUGUCUGUGCGGAAUCAAUGUAAUCUUGCGGGAGGGAAAACGCGUCUACGAUGAGAUUUGCAACAGCCUCGCCUCCGCCUGGGCUGCAUUUUACCUCCCCCUUGUGUGCGUGUGUGUCUGAGUGUGUGUGUGUGUGUGUGUGUGUGUGUGUGUGUGUGUGUGUGUGUCGGUCCGUAGCCCACCUGAGCGCACCGGGCCACAAAGACAGCCAGGUAAAUGAGAUAAAGAAAUGAAAGGGAAGGUGGAGGGAGAAAAUUAAUGGGAAAAAACAGACACAAUGCGGGAAUUGGGAGAUAGAACGCACAGGGUAAUUGAAAAGAAAAUUGAAUGAGGGCUUAAAAAUAUAAUAUAAAAGAACAAGGAAGGGAGAGGACGGAGGGAGGGCGAGAGGAGAAGGAAGAUAACUAUAAAUAGCGAGUUGUUUUUAUAUCCGUUAGGGAAGGAGGAAGAGGAAGGAAACGAUAAUAAAAGAGAUAAAGACAACCUGGAAUGGGGCGAAUAUUGUCGAGUGCAAAAUGGAGUGUCAAAACAACAAUAACAUCAACAGCAAGGACAAUAACAGCAGAUUCUACGUGUUACUAUUAAAGGCCCUCGGUGUUGUGUGUAAAAGUGUAGUGUGUUCUGUAACGUGGCUCAUACUACUACUACUACUACUACCACUACUACUACUACUACUACUACUACUACUACUGCAAUUAUUCCUUCUUCCACUCCUAUCCUCCUCUACUUUUCAAUCUUACUACUACUGCUACUUCAACUAUUCCUACUACUACUACUA